CCAAACCAAAAACUCAUUCCAUCUCCAUCGAUCCACCAACAAGAAUGGUACUAGUGAUAACAGAACCAGUCAAGAGUCUGUCAAAGAGAGUAUGUGUUAUAGGAGCAGGACCAUCAGGGUUAGUGUCGGCACGGGAGCUGAAGAGAGAAGGACAUAAAGUGGUGGUGAUGGAGCAAAACAACGACGUGGGAGGUCAGUGGCUAUACCAACCAAACGUUGAAGAAGAAGAUCCAUUGGGAAAAACCAAAACGCUAAAGGUACACAGCAGUAUUUACUCAUCCUUGAGGUUGCUUUCCCCGAGAGAGGUAAUGGGUUUCUCUGAUUUCCCCUUCACUGCAAAGGAAGGAAGAGACGCGAGGAGAUUCCCAGGGCAUGAGGAGCUUUGGUUGUAUCUUAAGGAUUUUUGUCAAGUGUUUGGGUUAGGAGAGAUGAUUAGGUUUAAUGUUAGGGUUGACUUUGUGGGGAUGGUGAAUGAUGAUACGACUGAUGAUGAUGAUGAUCGUAUGAAGAGAUGGAUGGUCAAGAUUGUAGAGAAGGAGACUGGUGAGGUUACGGAAGAAGUGUUUGAUGCCGUUGUUGUUGCAUCUGGUCAUUACUCUUAUCCUAGAUUGCCUUCCAUCAAAGGAAUGAAUUUGUGGAAGAGGAAGCAACUUCAUAGCCAUAUCUACAGAGUGCCUGAUCCUUUUCGUGAUGAGGUAGUGGUGGUCGUUGGAUGCUCACUGAGUGGACAGGACAUAUCAAUAGAGCUUGUGGGAGUGGCAAAGGAAGUUCAUCUAAGUGGCAAAUCACUUGACAUUCCUCCUGGCUUGUCUAAAGUCAUUUCAAAACAUCAAAAUCUCCAUCUUCAUCUUCAGAUUGAAUCUCUAGAGGAAGAUGGACGGGUCAUUUUCGAAGAUGGGUCUUGUGUCGUAGCCGACACCCUUUUGUACUGCACCGGGUAUGAUUACAAAUUUCCAUUUCUUGAGAGCAAAGGAAGAGUAGAAGUUGAUGACAACAGAGUUGGUCCACUCUUCGAGCAUACAUUCUCUCCUUAUCUGUCCCCUUCCCUCUCCUUUGUCGGCAUCCCUCGCAAGUUGAUAGGGUUCCCAUUCUUCGAAUCACAAGGGAAGUGGAUCGCUAAGCUCUUGUCAGGCGAAAUAACUCUUCCUUCUUCUGACCAAAUGAUGCAAUCAAUCUAUGAUUUCUACAGCUCCAGAGAAGCUGAUGGUAUCCCUAAACGCAACACUCACGACAUUGCCGACUUCAAUUAUAGCGAUACGUACGCGGAUUACACUGGAUUCCCACAUCUAGAGGAAUGGAGGAAGACGCUGUGUAAAAAUUCUAUAUUGAAUUCCAUCGAAAAUCUGGAAACUUUUCGCGAUUCUUGGGACGACGAGGAUCUUCUUCAAGAAACUCUUCAAGACCCUUAUUUUUCCCAACUCUCUACUCCUUAAAUUUCUUAGCUUUGUUUUUUCUUUCUGUGAACUGAAUAAUAAAAGUCUUUCUUUUUGUUUAAUUUUAUAUAAACAAGUACUAGUUUGAUUUCAUCCGCUUUUGGAUGAACUUGUAAAAUCUAAACCCAAAAGUUUCACUGAUUUAGUGAAUUUUUUCAGUACUA